UAUAUUCCAACUUAAUGCCAAAGGUGAAAAUAUAUGUAGGAGAGAAGCUAACUGAGGAGGCUAAGGCAGCCUGAGAAGCGCUUCAAAUUAACCAAAAAUUCCUAAAACCACGAAAUUUUGAGUCAUUUAAAGAAAAAGGACUGGCUGAGGAGCUCCAAAGGAUCCGCUAUGAGCAUUAUGAAGAUAGGAGAAACCAACUAAUCUGGCAAAUAGACAAUGCCAUGAAGGCUAUGCAUUCUUCAUCUCCUACUCAUCAGGCAAUCUUGACGAAUAGUAUUUCAAAAUACACUGAUGCUUUCACAAAAGGUACAAAAUCGGUCUCUCAAAAGCCAGACAUUGCCUUGAGAGUCCCUAUCGACCGAGAAGAGAUUGUCCAAAAGCAGAAGGCCAAAUCCAUCUACAAUGAAGAAAAGAUGGCUCUUGUGCGUGAGAACAAGGAGAAACUCCACCAAGAAGAGGAAGAGAAAUUACUUAAGAAAAUAAAGGACAAGACUAAACGGGACAAAAUUAUAAAAGAAGUCCAACAGCUAGAGGAAAAGAAAAGAAUUGAACGCAAGAAGAAGGAAGAGGCUAAGAGAGCAACAGUUGAGCAGAAUAGGAAAGAGAGACUUAAGAAAAUAGAGAGGGAUAACAAACAGAGGUAUAAGAGCAUGACUAAGAAGAACACCUAUCAAUCUGAAGAACGUGACAAAUUGAUUAAAGAAAGACUAAGCACGAUUAGAAGAAUGGAAGAGCAAGAGGAGGAUGAUGUUGAUAGUAAGCUUGGGCACUAUCAGGAAAAGAUGGCAAAAGCUGAAGAAAAGAAGCAAAAUUUCAUCUCCUCAAAGCUCUCCAAUACAAUGGUGCAUCUUCAAAGAGUUCAGGAAAAGAAGGAAAAUCUGAACAUGUCAAAUGACUUAGCUGUACAAUCAAAGCACAUGAGAUCUCUUACCGAGAAAUAUGGAAGGAGUAAACGUAUCGAAAAAGAUAAGGAAGCUAAAAAGUCAGAUAUCCACAUUAAGCAACUUUCCAAGCAGGAGAGAGCCCACAACAACAUGAUUGUAAAAGCUCGUGAAGAAAAGGAAAGAAUAAGAUACUUAAAGAAAAAGAUGUUUGAAAAGGAAAUGUCAGGGCAAGCUCCUCCUGUUAAUUAUUAUAGGCAAAAAGUCAAGGAGACUAUAGACUUUGAGAAUGAACAGAGAAAGGAAAUUCAGAAGCUCAAGAGACAAGACCACUAUGAGAAUUAUAAGGUGAGGGAGCAUAAACUCCAAAAUAUCUACAAGCAGAGAUUGAUCAAUAAGUUGAUGGAAAAGAGACAAAGAGCUGAUAAGAUCAAGCAACAGCAGAAUAGAAUCAUGAGUUUUGUUAGCAUGAGCAAGAACUCUUCACUUUAAG